AUGGUCGACACUGAGCCUCCACCACGUCUUGAGGGUAAAUAUGCUGCAAUAGUGAUUUGCUGGUUUCUUGGCAUUGGGGGUCUUUUUGCUUGGAACAGUAUGUUGACUAUAGUAGAUUACUAUAUUUACUUGUUUCCGAAAUACCACCCCUCUAGGGUGCUCACCAUUGUAUAUCAGCCAUUUGCAUUUGGAACAAUAGCAAUUCUGGCUUACAAUGAGGCAAAAAUCAAUACAAGAAUGCGGAACUUGUUUGGAUACACCGUCUAUUUCUUUGGCAUUUUGGCAUUGCUAAUUUUGGAUUUAGCAACAUCUGGUAAAGGAGGGAUUGGAACUUUCAUUGGCAUAUGCAUAGUUAGUGGUGUAUUUGGAAUAGCAGAUGCUCAUGUACAAGGCGGAAUGGUUGGAGACUUGUCCUACAUGCUUCCAGAAUUCAUUCAGUCUUUCCUUGCGGGUUCUGCAGCAUCAGGGGCCAUAACAUCGGUUUUGAGGUUAAUUACAAAAGCAGUAUUUGAGAAUUCUCCAAACGGUCUUCGCAAAGGAGCUAUUCUGUUCUUUGCCUUAUCAUCUUUUUUUGAGCUUCUGUGUGUUGUUCUCUAUGCAUCUGUCUUUCCGAAACUAGCAAUAGUGAAGUAUUACCGUUCAAAAACAGCAUCUGAAGGAUCCAAAACUGUUUCAGCUGACCUUGCCGCUGCAGGCAUCCAGACCUCACCAGGCGAAGCCAAGGAAGAUUCAAAACAGCACGAGCGCAAAGGAAUAAAACAAUUGUUUGUAGAAAACAUUGAUUAUGCACUUGAUUUGUUCCUAAUUUAUGUGCUAACACUGUCUAUUUUCCCCGGAUUCUUAUCAGAAGAUACUGGAUCACAUAGUUUAGGCACCUGGUAUGCUCUUGUUUUAAUUGCUAUGUUUAAUAUAUGUGAUCUUAUCGGACGAUACAUUCCACUUGUGAAAAUCUUAAAUUUGGAGUCGAGAAAGUUGAUCACUAUAGCAGUCAUUUCUCGUUUUUUACUUAUACCGGCAUUUUAUUUCACUGCAAAGUAUGGUACUCAGGGGUGGAUGAUAUUGUUGACAUCAUUCUUGGGGUUAACCAAUGGUUACCUCACUAUAUGUGUUUUCACUUCUGCGCCUAAAGGUUACAAGGGACCUGAACAAAAUGCUUUGGGAAAUAUGUUGGUGUUGUGUCUUCUUGGAGGUCUUUUUGCAGGGGUAACACUUGACUGGUUGUGGUUAAUAGGUAAAGGAUGGUGA